AUGCGGAUGAAAAGCCUGAAGACAACCCCGAAGACAAGCCCGAAGACAAGACGGAAGACAGGCUGGAAGACAAGCCCGAAGAUAAGCUCGAAGACAAGCCUAAAGAGAAUCAGCAAAACAAGCCCGAAGACAAGCAGCAAACCAGCCCGAAGACAACCUGAAAAGAAGCUUGAAGACGAGUCCGAAGACAAGCCCGAAGACAAUGCGGAUGAAAAGCCUGAAGACAAGCCCGAAGACAAGACGGAAGACAGGCCGGAAGACAAGCCGGAAGACAAGCCCGAAGACAAGCAGCAAGACAAGCCCGAAGUCAAUCCCGAAGACAAGCCCGAAGACAAGCCCGAAGACAAGCCCAAAGACAGGCCAAAAGACAAGCCCAAAGACAAGCACGAAGACAAACCUCAAGACAAGCCCGAAGACAAGCCUGAAUGCAAGCCGGAAGACAAGCGGGAAAACUAGCCUGAAAAGAAGCCUGAAGACAAGUACGGAGACAAGCCUGAGGACAAGUCCGAAGACAAGCCGGAAGACAAGCCUGAAAAGAAGCUUGAAGACAAGUCCGAAGACAAGCCCGAAA